AUGGAAUCAACUAUUAGUGGCUCUCAAUUGCUUCCCCUUGAACUGAUCGAUAAAUGCAUUGGGUCUCGCAUACACGUAAUUAUGAAAAAUGAUAAAGAAAUGGUUGGAACUCUUUCGGGCUUUGAUAAUUAUGUCAACAUGGUUCUCACCGAUGUAACUCAGUUUGAAUAUACUUCGCAGGGUAAGAAAAUAACCAAGCUUGCCCAUAUUCUCCUUAACGGUAGCCACAUCGCCAUGAUGGUUCCUGGAGGUGAAGGACCAGAAUUGUAA